CAGUUGCAGGCCUUCACUGUUUCCCAUCGCUACGUCGUGUUCACGCAGUGUGCACACUGUAGUGGCUCUUCGUAUUGUAUGGGGGAUGUGGGUCUUUACCAUAUUUCCGCAUCAGACCCCCCCACGCAGCAAAACAAAACAGAGACUGUGUGCUCUGGUACAGCCAAUAGGCCACAGCUAUAAUCCCUCCGAGAGUCGUUGCUCAAAGCAAUGCCGAUGAACGCUGGUUUAUUUUUAUAGGUAUACUUUACUUUAUUCACCAUUAUCAGGUAUGCCUUUUACCAUGUUGACGACCUUGAAAUGUUUAUUGACCUUGAGUAGUCUAUGUCUGGCCCUUGGAAUAAAUACAGGUGAACUAUAUGCCCGUGUUCGCACUAAUGUCUGGAAGUUCAGCCAAUUACACACGGGUACAGGCAAAGAAUCGAUGUGAUACUGCAUUCGCAAUGUAAACUAGUUGGUAUUUAAACGGCCAACACAGUACAUUUGAUCCACUGUCCACUGCUAAACACACGUCCCACAUUACAUGCCUCUGACCUGUGGUCUAAUGGUCAGCCUGGCAUUUCCAGUGACGAAUGCUGAAACAAUGCCUUGUGAACGUGUCCCAAGAUUUUGUUCACAAGAGCGCCAUUGUGUGUGGCCAUGUGUGGAGUGGGCAGCUGGGAUUGACUGUGUUUGUGGUCCGCUGUACUGGUCACACUGGGCCAGUAGCCUUGGCAAAGAGCCACACAGAAAGAGCUACUGAGCAAGGGCAUGACGGCCAGGCCCAUUGCAUUAUGGGUUGGAACUCCACCACACACGUAUUACUGGCUUUGUUUACAAGAGGUCUGCUCUAGAAAUAAAAUUACAAGCUGGAUUUGGUAGAAUGUUUGUUGUAUUAUGUUUGCACUGAUUUGUAUAAUGAGUAUUAUAGCUACUCUCCAAGACCUACUUCAGUAAUUACUGUAUAAUGAGUCUUAACCUUAAUAGCUAAAUAGUGAGUGUAGACUUUAAGAAGUUGAAACGUGUCAGCCAUUUUUCUGUUUUUAGAUGUGGAUGAAUUGAAAACAAGUAAAACUUACAUGGCUUGCUGAUAUCAGUCAUGUAUUUUUCAAAGAAUGCUUGGUUAAGUUAGCUUGACUGCUCUUCAAACCCAUUACGUGGGUGUCCAUUGAAUCCCACAGGAACAUGUAAUGUUCAUGGGGACGUGGCCGGUUUAGGACUUUCACUGCACAGGGCAUUCCCCCACAGGGUUUUCUAAUGCACAUCCAACAAAGAAAGCUUUGUUAGGAACAGUGGUAUAAAGACGACUCGACAAACAUCAUCUUAAACUAAAAGAAUGUUUGUCUGAUCAAUAAACUGACUAUCUGAUCAGUUCCAGUUUGAGAGAACUUCCUGCUUCUGUUUGUGUCCUCGGCUAUAAAUUCCACGUUCUGCCUGUGGUACCUCCCCUGAUCAUAGCCGUGAGGUCAGCCCCCAAGGGGCCGGGGGAGAUUAGAACUAGCGCAGCCAAGAAUGUUCUGGCAAAGGAAAUAGUUGAGUGUUAAUUAAAAUAAGAAGCAGAUGUAUAAAUAAGUUCCUUUCAGAGUCCUACAGACAUGCAAACUCUGACCUGGCCGGAUUAUCUCUCUCCUUUCACAGUGGCAUGGAUAUAACAAGGAGUAAUAUGAAGAAUGUUGUACAGGGAUGCGCGUUUUACUGCUUUGAUUUCGUACAGAAUAAAAAUGCAUAGCUUCACUGCGCUUCUUAAAUUGAACAACAGUUAGAAAACAAUCUUGAGUUCCUCCUGAUUCCUUCUGGGAGGUAAAAUACACGUUAAAGAGCCGUUCAACAGUUUGGCAAUUUCUAAGUGCUCAUUACCUCUCUGUGCAAGUAAGAAAAACAGCAUCAAUUAGGAAAUCAAGACAACCCAUCAUCAGAACAUCUUGUUCUCCAGCGCUUCAGACCAGCGGAUCCCAGCCCAGUUCCUGCGGAACCCAGGUCUAUGUCUGUACCGCCGUCCCCCCGGCAACCGGGAGGGGAUGUAAAGGAUGCGGAAACAGAGGAAGAGGAGCAAGGGGAGAAGUUUGAGUUUGAGGACAGCGAGGAAGACGAGAGCACGCCGCCGUUGCACGCUGCCGGAUCAUCGCCUGAGACCGCUCUGCCCGAGGCCGCUCCGCCCAUGACUGCUUCACACGUAUCUGCUCCAGCCGAGGCCGCUUCACACCUGGACACAGACAGUGACCCUCAGAAGAACAUAAAACAACACGCAACUGCACUUACAGGUGUGACAUCCUAUGAUGGCACAAAACAAGAUCUGGCUUCCUCUAGCCUGGUGGCCCCUGGAUGUGUGGGGGAAGACGUGGGCCCAGCUCCAGGUCUUGGGAAGGCUGUGGGACUGAGGGACCUAGGGCCCACCAUGGAAAACCAGGAGGCGGCAGUCAGCACGGGAGGUGAGUGUGAGACAGAGGUGGGCAACACAGAGGUGAUCUAUGACGAUGUGCCCUGUGAGGACGGCUCUCCAGUGGAAGGAGACAUGAUCUAUGAGGAUGUGCAGAGUGGGCACGUGUCACAGGGCCCCAACAAUGGCUGGAGCUCCAGUGAGUUUGAGAGCUAUGAUGAACAGUCAGACACUGAGAAAAUACACACCCACAGCAAGGUCCAUCAGCUGAUGAAAGCAGCUCGCAGUGGGACCAAAGACAGCCUGGAGAAGACCAAGAUGGCUGUCAUGAGGAAGGUCUCCUUUCUCCAGAAGAAGGCUCACUCAGAGGAUGCUGAAGAUGACGCAGGUUAUCUGGACGUGAUUGUAUCAGAGACCAAGCAUCCUCCUGCUCAGCUGGGCCCAAUGCCAGAGGGACUAAACAGUCAACAGAUCGUGAGGCGUCACAUCCUGGGCUCCAUUGUACAGAGUGAAAGGAGUUAUCUGGAGUCUCUUAAAAGAAUCCUUCAGGAGUACCAGCGUCCCCUAAUGGAAGCAGAGCCUCGCAUCCUGAGCCCGAGAAAGAUCAGACCCAUUUUUUUCCGCGUGCGGGAGAUCACGCAGUGCCACUCCAUGUUCCAGAUUGCCUUGGCGUCUCGUGUGGCGGAAUGGGAUGCCAGCGAGAAAAUCGGAGACCUCUUUGUAGCCUCGUUCUCCAAGUCCAUGGUGCUGAACGUGUACAGCGACUACGUCAAUAACUUCACCAGCGCCAUGUCCCUCAUUAAAAAAGCCUGCAUGUCCAAGCCAGGCUUUCUGGAGUUCCUCAAGAAAAAGCAGUCAUCGAGUACUGAUCGUAUCACUCUCUAUGGUCUAAUGGUGAAGCCAGUCCAGCGGUUUCCCCAGUUCAUUCUCCUGUUACAGGACAUGCUGAAGAACACCCCGCGGGGCCACGUGGACCGGCUCCCCCUGCAGCUUGCUCUGACUGAGCUGGAGUCUCUGGCUGUGAAGCUAAAUGAGCAGAAGAGAGUGGCGGACCAGAUCACAGAGACCAAGCAGCUAGCGCGCAGCAUCACUGACCGCUCACUUAGCAAGGUGCUGAAUUCCGAGCAGAGCUCUUUGGUCCUAUGCGAAACGCUGGUGGAGACCGUGUACGGUGAGCGGGGCCAGAUCCUGAAGUCCAAGGAGCGCAAGGUCUUCCUGUUCACUGACGUGCUGAUCUGUGCCAACGUUAACGUCAAGGGGCCUCCAGACAUCAGCAGUCUGGUUCCAGUGGGUCCCAAGUACACCAUGAAAUGGAGCGCCCCCUUGCUUCAGGUCCUGGUAGUGGAGGUUGGCCAGGAAGGGAGCCAGAGCAAGGAUGCGUCGCCGCAGACAGGAGGGGCCAAGCAGCUGGGAAGCUCUUCGGCGUCAGGAAAGGUGGUUCUGGGCCCUCUGCGCCUGUUCCAGGAGCUGCAGGUGUUACAGCAUGACCUGUCAGUCGUAGAGCAGGUCAGCUCACUGGUGGGGACCUUACAGGGGACGUACCAGAAUCUGAACAGCAUGGUGGCCCAAGACUGGUGCUUGGCCCUGCAGAGGCUCAUCCGCAUUAAAGAGGAUCAGAUCCAGAGUGCCAACAAGUGUCGCCUUCGUCUGCAGGUGCCCGGCAGGCCUGACAAGUCCGGCCGGCCGGUUAGCUUCAUGGUGGUGUUCAACACCCCCAGCCCCCUCAGCAAGAUCUCCUGGGUCAACCGACUUCAUCUGACCAAGAUAGCACAGAGAGAGGACAACGCACCGGGCUGGGUCUCCGCAGAGGACGACACGAGGAUCAAGGCCCCGUUCUGGUGUCCGCUGCUGGCGUAUCGUAUGCCCGUCUUCAACUCGAAAGCACCGGAUUGCAAGCUGGUGGCUGCCCUGCACAAUCCGGUCCAGUGCGCUCUGCUGGGCUGCUCCGCGGCAGGCAUGUCCCUCCCUCAAGGCUACCUGUGGGUCGCUAGCCAGGGGGACUCUGGUCGGGGUCAACUGGAGAUCUUCUCCCUGAACAGACCCACCCCUCGGCCAGUGAAGAGCUUCCAGGUGGGCGCGCCCGUGCGUUGUCUGGAGUUUGUGCCGGAGGUCAGGCCUCCUGAGGCAGACAGGCCCCUGGUCCAGGCCCCUGGUGCUGGUGGGAGCACUGUGUGUGUAGGACUGGACAAUGGCAGGAUCCUGGUCUACGGCGGCAUGGAGACGUCUGCGCAGGCCCUUCUGUCUCUGCGGAGCGCCCGGGGCGACCCCGUCCUGUGCCUGAAGCUCUCGCCCUCGGCCGGCGUGCUGUGGGCUGGCCUGCACAGCGGCUCGCUCCUGGCUUACAGCAGGCAGGCCGAAGGAGACCUGUGGCGGCCGGAGUCCUGCAGGAGCGCCGAGCUGGGCCGGCAGCCUGUUCGUGCCUUGCUGCCCCUGGACGACUCCGUCUGGGCCAGCUGCGGAAAUUCGGUGUCCGUCGUGGACAGCUGCAGCCUGGUGACCCAGAAGUUUGAGGCCCACCAGGACCCGACGGUGAGCGUGACCCACAUGGUGAGGGUGGGCGGAGGCGUGUGGAUGGCUUUCUCCGAGGGAUCCUGCAUACACCUGUUCCACACGGAAACACUGGAGCACCUACAAGAGAUCAACAUCUCCACGCGCUCCUCGCUCUGCUGGCCCACUCAAAAGAACAUGAGAGUCACCAGCCUGCUGAUCUGCCAGGGCUCACUGUGGGUGGGCACCGCACAGGGCAUCAUCACAACACUGCCGGUGCCCAAGCUGGAGGGUAUUCCCACAAUAACGGGUAAGGGAAUGACGUCUCUGAAUGCCCACUGUGGUCCUGUGGACUUCCUGGUGGCUACCUCCAGCACCCUGUCCCCAGAUCUCCUGAAGCGGGACUCUCUCGUGGCGGGGGUGGACUCCGCCUUUUGGGGGGAGGAGCGAACUGACUCCUCCUCCCAGGAGUCCCUGCAGCAUGCCAGCGGUGCCGCCUUCGGGGAGAUCAAAACCAAGGGGCGGGGCAUGUUGCUGCAGUACCGACUCCGCUCCACGGCGGGUCUGCCCGGGCGACCGCUGACGGCACGGGGCGACGACGCCUCGGACUUGUCCCUGGAGUCGCCGGAGCACAGCCCGGAGGACGGGUCCAUCUACGAGCUGAGCGACGACCCGGACACGUGGGUGCGAGGCCGGCCAUGCGAGGGGGAGAGCAGGAGGAGAGAAACGGUCGCAUCCGUGGCGGUCAUCUCCGGCGGACGGGGCUUCCGGAGGCUGAGGGAUGGGCCGGCAGGGGACGUACCCGAGACGUCGGAGAGCACCCUCAUGGUGUGGCAGCUCCCCCUGAAUGUGUGAAGGUCAGUGCUCGUGGACCACGGAGGCAGGGAGGGACGGAAAUCCUCACGGCGCCGUGAAAGAGACACCGGCACCGCCGAGAGCCUCUCUGAUGCUCCGUCCCCUCGCGACACCGCGAAUUUGAUCAGUGCAGGCGGAGCUGAAACCGAGUCGGAUGCCUGUUUUAUUCUUUCAUCUCAAAAGCUGGAAGCGUCCGGGUCAUCUGUGGCAGAGAGAGGUAGAGUGCCGCUACGUUGGCUCUCUGUGAUCCAUUGUCCUCCCAUCCGCCUCCAGAGCUGUGCGCUGAAAACCUCUCUCCACAGGGAACCUCACAUCAUCCGUUUAGCGCUCGUGAAUGCGCAGCCUCGUAAGGGGUCAGCGGUGCCCAGACACAGGCUGCUUCCUUCAUGCCACAGGCCCACCAUCCCCCGGUGAAUCGUUUACUCUGGGAAUUUCCACACCGUGAAACUGCUGAAGGGUCUCUUUCAUUGCUCCCCGUGUUUGAUGAAAUCCUAUCAGCUAAGGGUAAAGGCUACCCGACGGGGGUCUUUGAGCUUCUGUGCAGCCCUUUAAAGUCCACUCCCGGUCUGCAACUAUUGCAAUUUGAACUCAUGGCUCUGUGUGUGUGUGUUUGUGUGUGUGUGUGUGCUUGUGUGUGUGUUUGUUAGUGUGUGUGUGUGUGUGUGUGUGUGUGUGUGUGUGAGAGAUAGCGGUAGAGAUAAAGACCUAUAAGUCAAAUUACAAUACGUCAGCUCAGCCUUAAACGACUAUGAGAAGAAGUUAAUUCCUAAUUAGCCCUCUCUCUCUCUCUAUGGAUGCCUGCAGCUGAGCGCUACUUCUGCAUCCAGUUGCAGAAAAUGCGCCUUUACCAUAUGGAGGGCAUUUGAAAUGUCUGAAUGAGUCACUCCCGUUUAGAGAGAAUUUCCAGGGGCUUCAUUAGUGGCGUUCAUACAAAAGGUGCAGGCAGAUUGUCCGUUAUAUCCAAGAAGACAACAGAUUGGUUUCUUUUAUGUUGAAAAAACAGCCAUUCACGUCUGUUUAAUGGAAUAUGUCAUUUCAUGGAACGAAAUAUGUCAUCUGGUCCUUUUAUUUGCUCCCUUUUUCAUAAAGAUGUUUUGAUCUGUUUACAGCAGUAUUAUUGUGUAAUUCCAAAAGUAAAAAAGGUAAUUAAAAAUAACACUAUUCUGUUACAAAAAUGUAAAGAUGGCAAUUAGGAAAAGCACUUUUCUAAGCACUUUUCUAAGACGUUUUUUGCUCCAGCGUUUUUCAGCCUUGUAUAACUGCGUCUGUAGCAUAUGGUUUUUUACUGAUUAUUACAGCUAAUAAUUUUGACAAAUUUCCCUGUACUUAAAAAAGGAAUGAAAGAAUCCAGUUGACUUGAAACUCCCUUCAGAUGGAUUCCAAAUGGCAUCUGUUGGGGGGGAGAUUAAGAAAGAUAGUAGAUGGUAAAGCAUUGGAAUGAUUGUGAAUUAAUGUGGAAACUGACUUUACACUACAGAUGGUGUAUACAGAGAUCAGGCUAACACUUUUUUUUGGGAAUAUGACUUUUAGAGGAAGCCACACCUGUCCUGUCGGCAAGAGAGAACCAUUACACGGCUGAUGAAUUUAAUACUGAACUGACAAAACUUCAGUUGAAAAGUAAUCAAAGCAAUGAGACUGUAGCCCCUUAGACGGCUGUGCAAAGUGUGGUACCAUUUUAAUCUGUAGAUUCAUCUGUAAAGGAAUACAUUUUUUUCUAACCUAGCCCUUCUGUAACAGACUGACCUCUGAUGCCAGUAAAUCUAUUUUAACUAAUGUCAUUAAA